AUGGGAUAUAAGAUAUAUUCUAACUCUGACUUAGUUCAAACAGUAACAUGGGCAAACUAUGAAUGGUUCGCUUUGAGAAACUCAGUACAACCACAAGCUAGAGAACAAACAGACCAGUAUGCAAAUAUUGAGAAAAUAAGAAGACUUGACCCUAACGUUCCAGGAGUUUAUGUUAACCUUUCUGGUUCAGAUGGAACUGCUGCCACUAAAGUAAAACUGAAACUUAGAGUUCCUUUGUCAUCUUUCCUCAUCUUCAGGUUUUUAAGAUACUUGCCAAACUGGGCAGGAAAAAUUUCUAUCGAACUUACUCCAAGCAAAAAUAACUUAGUCAUUGCACCAACACAAGACCCAUUCAGCAUUACUGUAGCUGGAACUGGUGGAGCCAAGUUCUGUGACUUUUGCAAAGACAAAGUUGACUUAGACUUUGGUUUCUCAAACUUCAACAAUGAAGUAAACUAUUAUUUCAAUGCUGCUGGAACUGCUUGGGACCCAGUUAAGUUUACAUGCGAAAAGUUUGAAUGCAAGAGAAUAGAAAGCAGACUUGCAGUCUAUAUGUUGGACCCAGAUAUUUCAAAUGCUUUAGCUGCCAAAUAUAUUGCAGUUCCACUUAUGUUCCCUAUACACCAAAUAUCUGUCAAAGACUUUGCAGGUGAAGUUGGAAACCAAAGUGCUGACCCAGGUGCAAGAACAGAUAUUGCUUUAACAACUGCAAUGAAACAUGCAGAUACUAUGUUUGUACUGUUCAGACGAACUAUAAAUGACUAUUCUUGUUUCUACAACCCCGGUAUUAAAUAUCAUAUAAACAUAGAUGGCAAAUAUUAUCCAAGAGAAGAAUAUUCUACAGUUGAGGAUAUGAGGUCAUACAACUUGACAUUAGAUGCUAUGAACUUUAACAACAACUUCACAACAACCAUUAACCCUGAAAUGCAAAGUUCUAUUAUGCCAUAUGUGAAAGUAUGGACUCAUACAGGAGGUCAAAAAACUCAAUAUACAAAUGGAGACC